AGCCUAGCAGGUUGCAAGGGGGAUUAGCUCUCCGAGUGCCCUGCAGGGAAGGAGCGGGGCCACAAGAAACCUUUUGAAGGGCGACGGAUUCCUGCAGGCAUCAGCCUGUGCCUGGCGGACAGUGUGUCCACCAUGGAGCAAAGAGCCAGCGGUGCCGUCUAACCAGGUGCACUCAUCCAGAGCUGGGAAGCGCCGCCUGGACCAGUGUGCCGGGAGGGUGAAGGGAGAGCUGCUGACGGGUCCGCUUGGCCCUCGGGCGCUUGGCCUGUGCCAGGCAGUCGUCGCUUCAUCGCGCAGGUCAGUGGUACGGAGGCAGGCUUGCACCAGAGCGCUGCUGGCAUCACGGCUUGUCAACAGGACAGCUCACUCCAGGCCCGUGUUGAUUUAAUUCUGCAACGAAUACUUUCUCAGGUUAUUGCUUCUGGGCUGGGAGGUUGGUGGUGUGCAUCCCGACCCUAGCAUUUAAUGAACACCCUUGUCCCCAUCCCUACCGGGCUGGGGUGCCCGGAGCCAUCCUAGUGCUCACAUGGACCCUCCUGGAUGCUGGUACUAGUGCAGCUUGCUGGGCAGAGCUUGACUUUGCUGGGCAUCAUCAAGUAUCAGCUCCUCUGCGGUGGGAGCAUGCUCUGUGCGCAUCGGGGGGCUGGCAGCCGUGGCUGAAUUUGUUGGGGUCUUUGGCCUCCUGGUCUGAUUUGGUGACUUCUUCUGUGUCGGUGCACAUCCUCUUUAGGGAUGCAUGAACUUAGAUGCCGUGUUUUUACCUAUGAAUAAAACUUCUUAGCUGAGGAGGAAAUAACAGCAAGCCGUAGAGUAUGCAAAGGCAGGUGCAGGGUACACUGGUGCAAUCACCGUGUGCAGCUGUGAGCAGACAAGCCAGCAUAUGCACUGAUGUUACUGAGCGAGGCGGCUCCAAACUGCCUUGCUCAGAGCUCGGAUAAAUCACUGACAGUGCUAUAGGGUAUUUGCCUUAGCGCGAUCACCACAGGUGAGCUAGUCUGGUGCAGCCCAUCUAUUUCAGGCAACAUCUAGCUGCAGUCAGGCAGAUGCCCUGUCAUGUGGUGCUGUACAGUUAUGGAGCACUAUGCAAAUGGAUCCUGCAGGUACCCAUCCAGCCCUAGACUCAACCAGUUCUGAUGGAUGUUCGUCUAAUGCGCUCCUCAAAAUCAGGUGGUGUUGAUUCACCAUUGAUGGGUGAUGCUACAGAAAUCUCUGAAGGGCACGUCACAGAAAUAUUUUCUUGCUAGGACCCUGGGAUGUUUAUGGGAAAAGUGGGAUGAAACAGAAUGGCUUGACUGAUACAAUUCGAUUUGUGGUACAGGAAUAGAACAAGAAGAGCUGGGAGAGGGGCUUAGAACAAGAAGAGCUGGGAGAGGGGCUUAGAUAAAAAGAUCUGGGUAUGUUUGGUGGCAGACAUGCUUUUAUUUGAGGUAGCAGUGUGCAUCAGAUGGUGCAGUGACUGAGGACUAGCACUAAUGUAGAAAUCUUUGCACUUUUGCAGCAGGUCACAGAUGUAACUAGCUUGUCGGUCAAGGGGAGCUGGGAGAGGAGCAGCAGGCAGGCAAUGGCAGAUGCUGAGUGAGACUGUUCAGUCAGGCUGUACUGGUGCUGGUGACCAGGAUGACACUAGUACGGAGGGGAAAGUGCGGGUGUUUGGAGCAUGUAUAAUGAAUCCUUUUGUCCUUGCAACGAUUCUUUGGCUUGUAAAUAUCUUUCCAGCAGCCUAUUCUCAGCUGAUGUCUCUGCCACUUGUCAGUCCCUGAGACUUGGGUUGGGAGGGAGAGACUGAAAGCAACCUGUCUGAUUUGUGCUUGUGGCUGGUAGGGGAAUAUGGAUGGAUAAAGACAACUUCAAGACAACAAUCAAGUUGGAAGCCUGCUGCGCAACCCCAGCUCUGCCACUGAUUCACUGCAUGGUCCUGAAUGUGCCACUGAAUUUGCCUUGGGUCUCUCCCAUGAGAAAACACGCGCGUGCCUGUGGCCUGGAGAUCCCUCUCUGUGUUGCCCUUCCUCUUCCCAGCUUGUCUUUCCCCUCUCAGACUAGACGAUGGGGAGAGCUGACUCAGAGGAAGGGCAGCUCCCAGCUCCCGUGAAGCCUCCGGAUGGUGGCUGGGGCUGGAUUGUGCUUCUUGGCUGCUUUGUGAUCACUGGCUUCUCCUACGCCUUCCCGAAAGCAGUCAGUGUCUACUUCAAGGAGCUCAUGAAAGAUUUCCAUGUGGGCUACAGUGACACAGCCUGGAUCUCCUCCAUCAUGCUGGCAAUGCUCUAUGGGACAGGACCAGUAUGCAGCAUCAUGGUGAACCAGUUUGGCUGCCGUCCUGUGAUGCUCAUCGGUGGGCUGCUGGCUUCCUCUGGGAUGAUCCUGGCAUCUUUUACGACCAAUAUCAUUGAGCUUUAUUUGACAGCUGGUGUGCUGACAGGUCUGGGUAUGGCGUUGAACUUCCAGCCCUCCCUGAUCAUGCUGGGCACCUACUUUGACAAACGUCGGCCUCUUGCCAAUGGACUGGCUGCUGCUGGGAGCCCUGUCUUUCUCUCCUGCCUCUCUCCACUGGGGCAAGUGCUGCUGGAGAAAUUUGGUUGGCGAGGAGGGUUCCUCAUCAUGGGAGGCCUGCUGCUUAACUGCUGCACCUGUGGGGCAGUCAUGAGACCCCUGGAGAUGGGCAUGAAGCGGAAGAUGGAGAAGGUCCAGGACAAAUACGAAGCCAAGGAGAUGCUGCCUAUGGGAGGGAAGUCAGAGGAGGGCAUCAGCACCACCGAUGGAACCAAGAAAGCCAAGAAAGCCAAGAAGAAGUCCAAGAAAGGAAAGAAGCUGCUAGAUUUUAGCAUCUUUUCCAACCGGGGGUUUGUUAUUUACACCAUCUCGAAGUUCAUCCUGGUCUUGGGUCUCUUUGUGCCUCCCAUAUUGCUGGUCAACUAUGCCAAGGACACGGGAGUACCAGAUACAGAGGCUGCAUUCUUGCUUUCCAUCAUUGGUUUCAUAGACAUCUUUGCCCGUCCGGCCUGUGGCAUGGUGGCAGGAUUGAAGUGGGUCCGCCCUCAUGUGGCCUACUUGUUCAGCUUUGCUAUGCUUUUCAAUGGCUUGACAGACAUCUGCAGUGCCAGGGCUAGCAAUUACACAGGGCUCGUCAUCUUCUGUGUCUUUUUCGGCAUCUCUUAUGGCAUGGUGGGGGCACUGCAGUUCGAAGUGCUCAUGGCCAUUGUUGGCUCCCAGAAGUUCUCCAGCGCCAUUGGGUUGGUCCUACUUAUUGAAGCUGUUGCAGUGCUCAUUGGUCCGCCCUCCGCAGGCCGCUUGGUCGAUGCUCUCAAGAACUACGAGGUGAUCUUCUACCUGGCAGGCUCUGAGGUGGUGCUCUCGGCUCUCUUUCUGGCCAUGGCCUCUUACUGCUGCCUUAACAGGGGUAAGAAGAAGGCACCUCCCCCGGAGAAGUCCCCCUCAGCGGGUGGCGGGAGUGACACCGAGGAAGCCGAAUCUGACGUACAGGAAGCUGAGGAGCACAGCAGUGGCAACCACCAGCCGGCCCACAGCACUGAUGAUGCUGUAGCAAUAGCCAGCGAGGAGGCGAACCAUGUGGCUGCAGAAGAGCAGAGUGGGGAGGGAGGCGGGUGUCCCGAGGGGGAUAGGGAGGUGUUGCCACGAGCCAGCUGCACUGCUGACCAGAUGGUGGAGCGGGACAGCUUUUAGCCAAGACAGAGGAAUCAAGAUGAUGCAAAUGGAUGUAACUGGCCUGGUUUGCAUGUAAAUUGGCAUGGGAGGGUAGGUGGGCUGUGGGGGUGGAGGAAGGUGAGGCAGAAGCGGAUGUAAGAAGUAAGAGGGAGAGAGAGUCUAAUAGCUGGUCUUUAUGUAUAUAUGGCCACAUACCUACUCAGUGAUAUAUCUACUUGCAUACUGCACCCAUGCUGGUACAACACCGCCUCAGCGCAGCCUGAACACCAGAAAACAAAACAAACAAAAAAAACCCUGCAACAACAACAAAAACCUUUCUCCUCUCCCUCUGAACCAGCCCUGGAAAAAGUACUUUGA